AUGCCGUCGGCGAUUGCUCAGAUGUCAUGUUUCUCCUCCAUAAUCAGCAACCGGCGGCUGCAGCACCGGCCUAUAUCUUUCUCGCGCCCCGACAGUUUCCGGCCGGGAAAGGUGCUUAACGUUAUGAGUAAUGAUGGAAGCAGUCCUGAUAUAUCCAACUUGGAGAGCAAGGCCGGCCCAAGUUCAGUGAAAGAUGAAUUAAAGUCGCAUAAUGGAACUGUUGUAAAAUCACGGCCUCUUACGGAAGGUUCUGUGAUUGGAGCAUCAAACGGUCAUGCACAGGAGCAAGUCAUCAGCCUGCCGAAAAGGGCAGCUAAGAUUCACGAUUUUUGUUUUGGAAUCCCCUUUGGUGGGAUUGUGCUAAGCGGUGGACUACUUGGCUUUAUUUUUACAAGAAACCCUGUUUCUUUAAGAACUGGUGUGCUCUACGGAGGAGCCUUGCUGGCGCUUAGCACUAUUAGUUUGAAGGUCUGGAGACAAGGAAAAUCGAGCUUACCAUUUAUACUGGGCCAAGCAGUACUCGCUAUUGCCCUCCUCCAGAAGAAUUUCCAAGCCUACUCAUUGACGAAAAAGCUCUUCCCGACUGGCUUUAGUAUUGCCAUCAGUGCUGCAAUGUUCUGCUUCUAUUCGUAUGUGGUGUUGUCGGGUGGUAAUCCUCCACCUAAGAAACUACAAUCUUCGGCAUCUGUUGGGGCAUCAUAG